AUUCUGCCACCCCACCACCUUAGUCCUAUCUCAGUUCCCUUCCACACUUUCUCCUCUUCAAUGGAAGACGAUGAUCACAAGGAACUUCAGCUCCUCCCUUCGCCACAAGGCACUGCUUCUUCCUCCAAGAUACCGUCAUGGCCGUCCGAAUCCCCGAUGAAAUUCAGAUCAACGGCAUCGGAUCAUCACUCCUCCUACGACGGCCCGUCGCUAGACCUCCAACUGUCGAUCAGCGUGAGGCCAAUUACUCGGCCGCCUUCGGCCAAUCACGCGGAGGCGAUGAGGUGGCAGGCAGCCGAGCAAAUCCGGCUGGCGGCGGUUGAGAAGGCGUACGCGGAGCGUGUGAGGGAGAUGACGAGGCGGGAGAUGGAGCUGGCGCAGACGGAGUUUGCACGCGCGAGGCACGUGUGGGAGAGGGCCCGGGAGGAAGUCGACAAGGCGGAGAGGAUGAAGGAGAGGGCAACUCGCCGGGUCGACUCUGCGUGCAUGGAGAUCACGUGCCAGUCUUGCAGGCAAAAGUUUCGACCAUAAUUUUAUGAUCAUUAAUUAAAUUUGAAGGAGUUUGUAAGUUUUUCGAGUUGUUGGAUUAAUCUUUCUAUAGUUUGCAAAUGAAAAAUCAGAAAAAGAAGAGAAUAAAGUGGGAUUUGAAGUUUGCGAUUCGCAGUACCGCCUCUCUAUUUUUCUGGCAUAUUUGUACGAAAUAUUUGUUGCCCAGAUCGAAUAAUACAUGUAUGAUUUGGAAGAAAUUCAUGUAUCAUCUGUUAUAGUAACAAAAAUGGUUACAUUA